GUUGUCACUGUGAUAUUAUCAAUUUCCAUGCCAUCGUAAUUUAUGAUUAAUCUAUGGUCGCUAACUUGAAAGUGUUGAAACCGGCGAAUUUUGUUAUUUUCCUUAUCAUUAUUUCUCCCAUUAAUCCGUUUUAACAUAUUUAAACAUGGCCGUAAACAGCGCCACGUCUUUUAUCAUAUCCUCAAUUUUAACAUUAUUAAUAUUUUCUGGAAUGCAAAUGUAUAAACCAAUAUUAAUAAGAUCGCCAAUUACAAUUAUAUUUGGUGGUUAUUUGGGCUCAGUUAUGUUUAUGUUCUUCGUUACUGCUAUAGGCAACUUGGAAGCCACAAUGUUUGGGAAAAAUUUUCAAUUGAAAUUACCUGAAAUAGUGUUGUCAAUGAUCAUUUCUCUUAUUGCAUCAGGAAUGGUACAUAGGAUCUGUUUCACUACAUGUUUAAUUUUCUCUCUGAUUACUAUCUACUACAUGAACAAGUUGUCACAGAAAACAUAUACAACCCCAAUUCCUGCUCCUGCUCCAGUAAAGAGUCGCCGUCACAAAUAAACAAGAAAUAUUUUUCAGUUUUUAAUAAACAUUUAUUUUAA